AUGUACUGGCCAAUAGGGACUCCGCGUAUUUAUGCUGCCAGCAGCGGUCGCACUCCUGAGCUCAAGCUCUUCGUGUCCUCCGAUGGCUUGGAGAACCCAGGCGGAUCCAGUUUGGCGCCUCCUCUUGCUCAACAUGGCCAAAUGGGAGCGGCUGUUGACGAUGAAGUUGAGAUUCAAACACCAAUCACACCGAUGACGCCAAUCACGCCCGGCGUCCGACCCAUACUCCAGCACGACCAUGAUGUUUCCUCGGCAAAGGGCUUGGAGACAUCGACUCGUCGGAACAUUCAGAAUGCCAUUCCGCUCAAAGAUCCUAUUCUCGCAUUACGUGUAGCUCGCACUGGCCAUCUCUUUGGUGUCAUCACCCGCACGACCAUUACCCUUUGGCAGACCAAACCAACUGUGAUUUUAGCACUGGUUGUACGAUCCGAGUCAUCAAUUGAGUUAUACGGAACCAAUGUCGACUUGUUGCUGCGUCCCGACUCGGCCAUUUUAGUCGCACAAACAUCCAAAGAUUACCUCAUCACCUACUCAAUAGCAUCUGACGGCGAGUCCUGCGUUUAUAAGCCGCAAUUUCCGAAUUAUCAUAAUGUUCAAAGACGAAAGCAAAGCAUCAUUGGUUCUCAGACCGGUCUGAGACCCGAUCACAUUCUCUGGGGCCCAGGAGAGGGCUCAGGUGUGCCCGACGUCAGCGUUCGGUUUCGUAUGGUGAUCAAGAUUGAUGCUGGUAUUGAAAGUGCCCUUGCUCUCGACGACGAAUUGAUCGUCGCAACUAGGAAACCGGCUGCAGUACAGUGUAUACGAUGGACGCCAGACAACGCCGGGAAUCAAACCCGAACCGAUCUCGUCGGUAAGUUGGGAUGGGUGGAGAAAAGGUCGUCUAUUUUAGAAAUGACAUAUGACAGACCGAUGAAUUUGGCCACAUGGAUUACGAGCGACGGCCGGGCGUACGCUGUACAACGCCAGAACCCUCGCACAGAUGGAAACUCUGGACAUAUGGACGAGAGACGCCUUUUCAAAGGCCACUGCUUCCACAACACCCAAAAGCACGCAAGCUGUGCAGUCAAGGCCGUGAUCAAUGCGCGGUUUUCACUGAUUGCAGUUGGUUGCGUCGAUGGUACCAUAUACGUGUACUCUGUUCGAGAUUACUCUGGAAACAUUGUCCUGUCACACAAGCAAGUCUUGCCUGUCUCCACGGCUGUCGCGGGAGCUUUCAAAUCGCUGUGCUACUCGCCGGAUGGAUACUGCCUUUUCGCUGGCUUCGAAAAGGGAUGGGCGACAUGGAGCAUGUUUGGCAAACUGGGCAGCAACAGUUUUGGAGCCGAUGCAGGAAUAUCCAGCGGAAACGAUGAGCAGUGGCUCUGUGGAGUAUCUUCGGCGUCAUGGAUCGGAGGAGGAUCCGAAAUCCUGCUUGUGGGACCACGUCACGAGGCUAUCUGGAGCUUGGAAAUGGCGAAAAGUGCAGUGACGGGAUGCUAUCACGAGGCGAACGUCUUCCGGACGGCACUUCAGACACCAACCGCCGUGAUGGUCUAUAGGGGAUAUGACCUCCCUGACAUGACGAGCAUCUCGGCCGAGCCAUUCUUGUGGCACACUGCCAAAAUACCUGCAUCCUACCUUUUGAACCAGUGGCCUAUCCGGCAGACAGUCAUUUCCCCCGACGGCCGCUACGUAGCAGUGGCAGGACGUCGCGGUCUUGCCCACUACAGCGUCAACAGCGGCAGGUGGAAAACAUUUGCGACGGAGGAGAUGGAGAACGAGUUUCAGAUCCGCGGCGGGAUGUGCUGGUACCAGCAUAUUCUCAUAGCUGCGGUCGAGAGCAACAGAAACUACGAGCUUCGCCUCUUCUCGCGGGAAACAGCACUCGACAUGUCGCAAGUGAUUUUCCGGCAGCAGGUCCCCGCGCCCGUCGUUCUCGUCACGACGUCCGGGGAAGACUCGCUCCUGGUGUACACGUACGAGAACCUGCUCUAUCAUUUCAUAUUCACCCCUAGCCCGGAUGCCGUUCGCCUGGUUCAGGUCGGGCAGAUUGCGUUUCACGGAAUCGUUCGCUCUCCCGCCAGAGUGCGCGGGUUGAGCUGGAUCUUGCCCGAGAGCCAGAUGCUAGCCGGAGAUCCAUCUCAGGAUGUCGCGGCGGCAUCGGUGAUAUUCCUGGUGGACGGGAAGCUGGUGCUGCUGAGCCCUUCGCUCAACGACGAGGGUCAGCUAAAGUACGACAUGCGCGUGAUAGCGCAAAACGUCGAGUACCACGCCAGCAUGAGAGACCAGCCGUUACUCAACGUUUCUCACCUUUCGGACGACCCGUCACUGCGACGCGGCCCACCUGCGCUGAAAGACUCGCUCUGGAUCUUUGACGGGAUAGAAGUCAAGGCGUGGACCAAUAUCAACGAGGUGCUCGAGGCGGCUUCGAGUGAAGGGGCCAAGGACUUGCCUGUGCCGGUCUCCGUCCCAGUCGACUUUUACCCUCUGUCCGUUCUUUUGGAGAAGGGCAUCGUGUUGGGGGUCGAAUCUGACCUGGUGCAACGGCGAGACGUCACCUUUUCCUUUUUCCACUUCGCCAUUAGGACGCAGUUGUUUCUGCCGGACAUUUUGCGCUUCCACCUACGCCAGAGCAGGACGGUUGAAGCUGCGGCACUGUAUGAGCAGUACCAGAACCUGGAAUACCUGUCCCACGUGAUGGAAAUCUUGCUGUACCGAGUCUUGGAUGAGGAGGCCGACACGUGCCCCAAGCCCGGAGACGCGGUUCUACCCAGGGUGCUAUCCCUCCUGUCGUCAUCGAGGGACUAUCUCGACAUUGUGCUGCAGUGCACGCGAAAGACGGAGAUGCGACAGUGGAAGACUCUAUUCGCGUACCUGCCGCCAGCACAGGAGCUGUUUGAGGAAUCGAUACAGAGAGGGUCACUCAAGACGGCUGGCGGAUACUUGAUCGUCCUCCACGCGUUGGAGGAACUAGACUCGUCGACGGACCAGUCGGUGCGCGUGCUAUCCAGGGCCAUCCAAGAAGGAGACUGGGAGCUGUGCAAGGAACUGGCUCGUUUCCUGGCCGGCAUGGACGAUACCGGAGAAGCACUGAAAGAGGUGAUGCAAACGGUGAACAUGGGGGGGCGUUGUGGCGCCGGCAGCGACGGAAUCCAGGUUCGACUGGAGAUGCCUAGCCCCAGGCUCGCCAACGGGGGGGGCAACGGAAAUGGCUGGAGGGAAGCCGAAGACUGCGACGGCACAGAGUCUGACAUGCCGUCUGCCAGCGACGUGUCCAGUGUUGGAUCCACGGUGAGUCGGAUGAACGGAUACAGAUUGCCGUGA